GCUCCCCUUCAUACCCCAUUACUGUGGACGCCUUUGAGGAAGACGGCUUAAGCCAACUCUUUUCUAGGGUCUCUUCGCCACUUAAACGACACACACGGGCGUAUGUUUAUCUGCGCUUGUGUUCCUUGUUCGUCAGGCCUGAGUGGUCAUUGGCGCUAGUCACACAGCUUUGUAGGGUUUAAGAGGUAGGCGAAGAUUUCAUUUCCAAGAUGGAAAGCCCGUCCGACUCAGCUGUGGCUUUACCUAGCACUCCACGGGCCUGCGCCAGCCCACCAUCUCCCCGUACAAGCAGUUUAAGAAAACAACCUAUGAGUGCAACACUUAGAGAACGAUUGAGGAAAACUAGAUCUUCAUUUAAUUCCCAUUACAAUGUGGUAAAACGGCUUAAAGUAGAGAAUGAAGAAAACGAUCAGACUUUUCCUGAGAAACCAGCAUCUUCAACAGAAGAAAACUGUUUGGAACUUCAGGAAGAUUUUAAACACAAAGAUGGUGAAUUCAAAGAAAGUACAUAUUUGAAAAAUACCUUCAAGAAUAUCAGUGCCUGUGAAUCUAAGUCUCUUGAUACUGAGUCAUGCAGUGAUCUCCAGAGUGACUUUGUGAAUGAGGAACUUCCCAAACAGGGACUAAGUGAAGAAAGAACAAAAUUGAUGAAGCAGAUUGAAGAGAAAGAAGACCUUCUUCGGAGGCUAAAACUGGUCAAAAUGUAUAGAUCAAAGAAUGACCUGUCUCAGUUACAGUUGUUAAUACAGAAGUGGAGAAGCUGUAGCCAGCUGUUGCUUUAUGAGUUGCAGUCAGCCAUGUCUGCGGAGAACAGGAAACUCAGCCUUACUCAGUUGAUAGACCACUAUGGGUUAGACGAUAAGUUGCUACACUAUAACAGAAGUGAAGAAGAAUUUAUGGAUGUUUAAUUCAUAAUUAUUUCCCCAGAAUAUUUUUGAGAAUGAUAAGUUAAAAGAUACUUAAUACAUUUUAAAAGGAAGGUAGAAACCAUUAUGUAAAUAUAAAAUAAGAUCUAAAAUGAAAAUUUAGUAGUCUGGAUAAAUUUGCCAAAGAAAACUUCAUAUUUAAAGAAAUGUGAAAAAAAAUUAAAUCAUGUUUAAAAAAUAGUUUGGUCAUUUCUGUAAGUCAAUUUUAAUAUAUUGUUUAUUGUGGUAAAAAAGUUCUAUUUUUUUUAAGGUUUUAUUUUAAAUGUUAAAAAAUAGUUCAGUCAGGUGAAUGUCUAAACCUAAAGUGGUCUAAAAAUGCCUGUCUCCUAAGUUUAUGGACCGUGUUUCUAUCCAUUUACCACAUACUUCCAUCUGGAUGGUGUAGCAGGUAAUUAAACUUGUCCAUACGUCAUUUUA